AUUACUACAGAUGAAAGUACUCAGGAAUGUUUUUCAUAAUAGCAAAAUAGUUUUCUGCACAGUAUAAAAUAUAUGCUUCUAAAGGCUGAAAUUUCACAUAUGCUGAUUCAUAGUGACAAACGUUUUUUCAAUAUAUAGGUUUAAAACGUCGCUGUUUUCGAGCCAUAAAUAUCAAGGCGUGCUGUGCAACUUGGUCAAAAUUGAACUGAUUCCGAUAGAAUUUGACCCAAAGUUUUUUGAGUAUCUUCUGUUUGAUAUGCAAGGAAUAAAAUAGGGGCAGGGGAAGUCACAAAAUGCCUAGGAAAGACCCAGUAAAAGGGGAAAACAACCGUGUAGCUUUUAAAGAUAUUCUUGGGCAUCUGUAGCCUUGACUCUCUCUACCACAUACAAGACAGAGUGGUAGCUUGUGAAAAGAGGAGUGUGGCCUUCAAGAAGGAGGGAAGGUUGGAGUGCUCAUUAUAUGUUGCAUACAUCCCUAGCAAAGUAGGGAAAUAUUUAGACUCAGUUCCACUCAGCUGACACCACACUGCAUGACUGGAUCUUUAGUCAUUGGAUUUUCAGGAUGCAGCCCAGUGCUUUCUGAUGAUGUGUGUGGCAAGUGUCUCCUGAGGAUAAUACAGUUCAACUUUAACACAAGGAGUAUUGGUCUGAUCUCCACUUCCCCCUCUUCGUGUUCUACAGGAGGGGAGCUAAUAUAGGGAUUGUUGAAGUUGGCACAUCGGAUACAUGUACUUACUGCUCAGUAGCGGACAUGGAUUUCUUUGUACUCAGAAAGUGGUUACUAUUGUCCAUUUACUAAUUGGCCAGUAUUUGAAGAUUAAGAUACCUGCUGCGAGAACAGUAGUGGCCAUGGGGGGAGAGUUCUAUAUUUUGAGUUCAUUUAUCUUGUAUUAUUUUAAUUGCCAAUGAUGAGAUAUCUAAACACAAGUGUUGUGACCAAAAUCUCUCUAGAUGGACCAGCAGUAGAAAUUAGAAGAAAGAUGCAAAAUGCAAACUUGAGUAUUAUAUAGACACACACAACUCUAUUUUGUUAUUUCAUGCAGAGAAUUCAGCUGCCUUUGCAGUUAGCAUCUUCCUAUCAGCAUCCUGCUGAAAUAGUCUUCAUUUCUGACAGUUUCACUAAAUCGAAGCUCCAAGCAUCUGACAUAAUUAUCAGUAGCUUCAAGUUAUAUAUGUUAUCAUCUAAAAAAUGUAACUUGAGAAAAAUGGUCUUGCAUUGCUCAGUUAAAUGCCAUAUGUCACGGUAUAUGAACCAGUAAUUCAAUAAGAACAUUUCUAGAGAAAGGCGUGCAUCUUAUUUGAAGUCUGUGUUCACUGAUCAUCAAACAGUAACAAGACAUUUUAAUGUAUUCUACUUUAGCUGUACUUGUAAUUUAUUCACAUUCCUAGACUGGUCACAUAAUAUUAUAUCAGCUCAAAAUGUAGGAUUCUUUUUAUUUGCAGGAAAAAUAAUUUUUUUAAAGAACAAAUCCUUCAAAAAUGUUCUGUUUGUAUGUUUUAAAAUUUACCAUUUAAUAUCUGACAUGAAGAGCUAUAAGCAGCAGGUUUAGCUGUAGUAUUGGUUUUUAAUGGAGAAGCAGUAUGUACACUGUCUGAGAGUCAAUACAGAGUAAAUAUUGUGCUAAUAUGGCACUUUAGGUGACCUGUAAUAAAUUAUAUUAUACAACUGUUCUGAUAUGAGGACACCUUAUAACUAACUACCUAUGAGCUUUUACUGGAACAACAAAUAAAUGAUCAUAUAAUCCAUCUUGUUAGAAAGUUAAUUUACAUACAUUAUGGAAAAAUUCUGCUUUGAGAUGCAACCAUUGAACUCAUUAGGAACAGUGUCCACAUCAGAGGACAGAAUUUAGCUCCUACCAAUAAAAUCUACCAGAAACAGUUUUGAAUAGGGACCAGUAUAAUUAAAAAAAAUUAUAAUGGACUCCUGAACCAUAAUUCCUGCAGACUUUUUGAUUGUCUAACUGAAGCACAUUAGUUUCUGAUGGACUUUAAGUUCCAGGCCCAGUAUUUUGCUGGGUGUAGCCUCAAUCCUGCAAACACACAUGCAUAACUUUAUGCAUAUGCGUAGUUACACUUAAGUUAGUGGGACUUUUAUGUGGCUAAAGUUAAGCAUGUGUGUUUGCAAGAUUGGAGUCUUUGUGAAGAAACACAGUUGGAAGUUCAGUCUCUAAUCACAAGUAUAGCAAUGUGUAUGGGGAGAUAGAUAUGAUGACAGUACACCUAUAAACCCUGUAGUUAAUUUUAGUUGUUCCAUUAAUAUGAAACAGGAUAAGUUUGUGAGCACUCCCUGCACCCUCACUAUCCCCCAAAUUAACUUUUCAGAAUAAUAUAAAUUUAGCCAGAUCAAAAAUGCUUGCUUUGUUUUUCUCUUGCUUGUGAAAUCUGGCCCUGUGUAUACAUCACCUAAAGAUAUUUGUACAAAUUAAACUCUUUGUGAAGUGGAACCUCUCCAUUAGCUUGUCUGAAUGCAAUGCUUCAUACUAACACUCGUGUAGGUGAUGGAACGUUCUUCAAAAUCCCUGGGAAGUCGGGACUCUAUGCUCUCAAAAAAGAAGAAUCUACAUGCCCAGCAGAUGGAACAUUGGAUUUAGGAUGUGAAUCUGAGUUAGAUGGCACUGAAAUGGCUGAGACAAACAAUAGUAAUGGAGAAGAAAAUGGAGUUUGUCCAAAGCAGAUACCUGAAGAAGCAUCUUCCAAUCGAGACUCAAGCCUUACUAACACACCAGUGCAAAGCAAGCUAGUGUCUUCCUUCCAGCAGCACACCAAAAAGGCACUUAAACAGGCUUUAAGACAACAGCAGAAAAGAAGAAAUGGAGUCUCAAUGAUGGUUAACAAGACUGUUCCUCGUGUUGUUUUGACACCAUUAAAGGUGUCUGAUGAGCAGUCGGAUUCACCUUCAGGAUCUGAAUCAAAAAAUGGUGAAGCAGACAGUUCUGAUAAAGAAAUGAAACAUGGGCAAAAAUCUCCAACUGGAAAACAAACAAGUCAGCACUUAAAGAGAUUAAAAAAGUCUGGUUUAGGACAUUUGAAAUGGACCAAAGCUGAGGAUAUUGACAUAGAAACACCAGGAUCUAUUCUAGUGAACACUAACCUGAGGGCUUUAAUAAACAAACACACCUUUGCUUCCUUACCUCAGCAUUUUCAACAAUACCUUCUGCUUUUGCUUCCAGAAGUAGACAGGCAGAUGGGAAGUGAUGGAGUUUUGCGCCUCAGUAGUUCCGCUCUAAAUAAUGAAUUCUUUGCAUAUGCAGCACAAGGGUGGAAACAACGAUUGGCAGAAGGAGAAUUUACACCAGAAAUGCAGUUGCGCAUCAGACAAGAGAUUGAAAAGGAAAAGAAAACAGAACCUUGGAAGGAAAGGUUCUUUGAAAGGUUUUAUGGUGAAAAGUUGGGAAUGUCAAGAGAAGAAUCUAUGAAGCUCACUUCAGGACAGAACAGUGAUGAAGAUGAGAGUAGUUUGCUGUGUGGAUCUUCUGGUAUACCUGGUCCUUCUAAACAAAAAACUCUUGAGGACCAUGAAGAGAAAAGCAUGAAAAUUCCACCUCUUCCUGAAAGAGAUUUCUGUCAGUCUCUUCAUAAUGUGGAACAGGUUCCAGUCAAGGAUCUAAUGGGGGAAUCAGAUUCAGAGGAUAUAUUGGUACCUGACGAAUCUGUAAUUCAGGAAGAGAUUGCUGAGGAGGUUGAGACAAGUAUCUGUGAAUGCCAAGAGGAGAACCAUAAAACAGAACAUGAGUUUUCUGAGGAGCCAGUAAGCCCAGCUGGUACUAAUGAAGAAGUAGAAGCAGUGCCACUUGCAGACAACUCAGCAUCCUGUGUUGUGAUGAAUGAUGUAAUUGAUACUUUGUCUCACAUUGAAAUUAAAGUGGAGUUGAAAUCAGAAAGUCCUCAGGAAGACAUGUCAGUUGUGAUUGAUCAGCUGGAGGAUUGCUUAUCACCUGCACAAUCUGCUUCAUCAACAAACUCUGUCAGUGAUACAGCAGAGAGGGAUUCUGAGUCUACAAAAGAGCUAAGUGCUCCAGAAACACAAAACUCUGCUCUAGAAGGCUCAUUGUUCACUGAUGGAGGCAUUGCUGUUGAUAUGGAGCUACAGAGUGACCCUGACGAACAGUUAUCUGAAAAUGCUUGUAUUUCUGAAACUUCCUUUUCCUCUGAAAGCCCAGAGGGACCUUGUAUCGGUAUUGCCUCUCCAGGAGGUGACACACAGUCCACUUCAGAGGAACCCUGUACUCCAGCAUCUCAUGAAACAGCUUGUUCAUCUGAGGCAGCCAGCAGUGAAAAUAUUGAACCUGAUAGUCAGCAAAAGACCAUUGAAGAAAGCUUGCACACACCUUUAAUGUCAGAAAUAUCUCCAGUGUCCACUUCACCUGUAACCUCAGAAGCAUCUCUGACAUCAAACUUACCUUUGACAUCAGAGGCAUCACCAGCUUCUAAUUUACCUUUAACAUCAGAAACCUCUCCAAUGUCGGAUUUACCAUUAACAUCAGAAACCUCUUCUGUGUCUUCUGUACUUCUAGCUUCUGAAACAUCUAUGGCAACCAGUUUACCUUUUCUGUCGGAAACCUCUCCAAUUUCUAAUUCCCCACAGAGUGAAAGACUUAUUCUGCAACAAAGGAAAUCACCAUGUUUAUCUGAAGAAUCCCUCUCCCCUUUAAAAGAAGAAACUUCAACCAUUCCUAAGGCAUCUCAAGAGGAAAAUCUUAUUGUGCAAGAAAAACUGAUUCAGAGUACAACUGAAACUAUGAAAAUCAGUCCGCUAUCAAAUAUACCUGAAAGUUCAAUAUUGGAAGAGCCCCAAAGCAAAAAUCUUACUCAUCAAUCAUGCAGAUCACAUACUGAAAUUGAGAAAUCUUACAUUGCUUCCAUUUCAGAACUUUCUUCUCCAGAGGUGAUCAAAAUUAAAAAUCAUCAUGCUCAGCAAAGAGCGGAAAAGAAAGGUGUGCUCUCGCCAUUAGAGAUAGCUGUCGUAUCAGAAGGGACAGUGGGCAAAAGCACCGAACUCCUUCCAGUUAAACCACAUGAUAAAGUAUAUACCUCAUCUCUAGAAAAGACUUCAUUCUCAGAAGUGUGCAGAAGUAAGUCACACAAACAACAAAGCAGUGUACAGAUCCGGCUGGAGAGUUCCCAUUCGUCUAAGUUAUUAGAACCCACAAAAUCAUCUGAAGUAAGAAUUGAAAAUAGAGAUGCAGAGAUCCCGAAGAGGAAGACUGCAGAGCAGCACGGUUUUGGAAUCUGUAAAGAGAAGAGAGCUAGAAUAGAAGAUGAUCAGUCUAAUCGUAAUGCUCCGUUGAUGAGUCCAUCUGAGAAAGAGCAGCCACCCAGAGAAGAGCCCCGAGUCCCACCCCUGAAGAUUCAACUCUCAAAAAUUGGGCCACCUUUUAUUAUCAAGAGUCAGCCUGUUUCAAAACCAGAACCUAGGGUUUCCCCAAGUACAUCAGUCAGCAGCGGGAGGAACACUGGGGCUAGAACUCUUGCAGAUAUCAAGGCAAGAGCUCAGCAAGCUAGAGCCCAGAGAGAGGCUGCAGCUGCAGCUGCUGUGGCAGCAGCUGCAAGCAUAGUCUCUGGAGCAAUGGGGAGUCCCUGCGAAGGUGGGAAGACAAGAACACUGGCACACAUCAAGGAGCAAACAAAGGCCAAACUAUUUGCUAAGCAUCAAGCCAGAGCCCACUUACUUCAGACCAGUAAAGAAGCAAAGUCACAGCUCAGUUCAAAGGAAGGUCCUUCGUCCAUAGACACCUCGACGACACCUGACACAAAGAUUGAAGUUUCUACUGGUGUCAUUAUAGUUAAUCCUAACUGCAGGUCUCCUAGUAACAAGUCUACUCACCUCCGUGAGACGAACACUUUACUGCAGCAGUCACUUAACACAGCUGCAUUGCCAGAAACUGCUACGGAUAUAUCCGUUCACAGUUCUGAUGAAAACAUACCUAUGCCACAUUUGUGUGAGAAAAUUAUCUCAUCUACCUCUGCUGAAAAUAACAAUGUGCCAGUGCUUUAUAGUAAAAAUUCAGUCCCUGUGUCUGUUUGCAGCACUGCUAUGUCGGGAGCAAUUCAAGAACUUCCCUUUGCAAGUUCUAUUGAUAAAUCUUCUGUUUUAAUGUCUGUUGACAGUACAAACACAACAAUUUCGGCUUGUAAUGUAAACAUGCUGAAAUCCACCCAAGGGGUUGAUACUCCAUGCAUUGCCAUUGUACCAAAAUGUAUUGAUAACACUAUUGUUCCAGGCUCAAUAGACAGUACAGUCUUAUCAAAUUCAAUUGAUGAGAAAAGGUUGCCAGUAUCAAGUAGCAGCGCAAAUAAUGCAGUCUCCAGUCAAUAUACCACUGUGCCAACUUCGUCCAUUGCAAGUAAUUUGCCAAAUCAUCUCCCAGGUAGUUCUGUACUGAUUCCCCCAGUGGGGACUACUACUAGAUUUUCUUCUGAUAAGAUAGCCAUAACUGGAUGCAGUGAGCAAAGUACUGUAUCCAUUAACACUACUGUUAGAGCAGCUUUAAGCUGCAGUGAUGCGGCUACAGUAGUAGAUUCUGUUGCAAGGCCACCAAUUUCAGUGUUUACUGGUAAUAUGGUGACAAUAAGUUCUUACGACAACACUGCUAAAUUAAGUGCUGACAACUUGGAAAAAAGUUCUGGACCACGAAACCGAAUAGAUCUGUCCAGUAAAUCUCAGCCAGUGAGCUUUACACAAACAGCCGUGAACAGGUCUAUACCUUGUAAAGUCAUUGUUGACCACACUACGACAUUAAAUUCCAGUUUGUCGCUGGCUGCUUCCAUUGAAAAUGCAGAAAACAGCAUAGAUCUGCAGAGCAGACUUGUGAGGGCAGAAACUGCCUUACAAAAUAUAGCAUGUCCUCAGGUGUCUGUAAUAAGCAGGCCUGAAAUAGUCAGUAAUGAAAGCCUUGAGCACAGUUCCAGCUUCAUAACUGUUACAGCAAAACAAGAGGGCAAAACCUUGCAGGCAGCUUGUACAAGUCUUCAAGAAGUGCCUCUUACUCCUCAAGAUAAAUUAAUUGAGGUUGUUGCCCCCAGUCAAGGUUUUGUAGAGCAGUUACGAGGUCCUUCAGCCUUUAAAAGUGAAGCAGAUGCUGCCUGUGUCAAUCAGUAUAACACUAAUAACAGAAUAUGCUGGCAUGAUGAAGAGGCAAUGCACACAGACCAGCCAGUGGUCAGCCAUCUUAACCCAAAUAAGCAUAAAGAAUAUACAGAGCAAAACUGUUUAAAAAAUGUCAAAACUGAGCCUUCAAGUUACACGCAGAUGUCAGAGUUGCAGUCAAGGAGUCUUAUGACUAGCAUCACUGUUCCUGUUAAAUCAGAAACUACCGAAUCUGACAAAUGCUUUAGGAUGGACACUGAAGAUUUUACAGGACCUGAAAUGCCUCGCCAGACUGCAGAAAUAGCCCCGAGUGCACAGCUGACACAGACCUCCAAGACAUCUGUUACGGACUCUAUGGAGGACUCUUUGUCAUUGACAACAGAAACCCUAAAAAGAGUUACAAAUGCUGGAAGCUCUAGCUGUCGUUUGUCAUCAGUUGAGGCCAACAAUCCUCUAGUGACACAGUUACUGCAAGGCAACCUGCCUUUGGAAAAGGUGCUGCCACAGCCCAGAUCCGGAGCCAAACUAGAGAUUAACAGGCUCCCCUUGCCUUUGCAAACUACCUCAGUGUGUAAAACAUCAGCAUCUGAGAGAAGUCUGGUUGAAAAUCCUUCCAGCUCACCCAAUCCAGAUGGUAAAGGAUUUACAGCAGGCGGCAUAGCCCCACUGCAAAUCAGAAAGCGUGACAACCAUCCAAAGAAGCGGAUGGCCAGGACUGUGGGGGAGCACACUCAAAUGAAAUGUGAGCUUGGGAAGCUAUCAGUGGACACAGAUGUUAAAGUGGCUCCUUGUGUAAUCGGUUCCAAUACGAAUCAACUAGGGCAUGGUCAGCCAUUUAAACAAGAGUGGCUGAGCAAACAUGCUGUUCAGAACAGAAUUGCUCACAGUCCAGAGAUCAAGCAGCAGAAGAGGCCACUGCCUUCAUGCAGUUUCCAGCAGAACUUAUUUCACAUGGACAAAAAUGGCAGUUUUCAUGCAGAAGCUAGUACCUCACAGAGACAGCAUUUUUACCAAAUGUCCAUGGCUGCAAGAGGCCCCAUUCCUACGGCAGCUUUGUUGCAAACUACUUCAAAAGUGCCAUCUGGCUGCAAUGCAUUUGCUUUCAGUAGGCACCUGGAACAGAAGGGUUUGGGAGAGGUCAAUAUUUCUGCAACAGCUCACCAGCUGAGGCUAGGAAGUGUUUUUUCCCCUCAUGUUCAAAUUAAGGAAGGUGAUGACAUUGCUAGUGCCUCACAAACUCUCCAGAAUAAAGCGUUAGUGCACCCUCCUCCUCCUCCUCCCCCUAUUCCAAACACAGAAGUCCCAUCUGAUCAAAAGCAACUGACAGUUACUAUGGAAACCACUAAAAGGCUUAGUUGGCCUCAGCCAGCAAGCAUCUGUAGCAAUAUAAAAUCUGAACCUAUUUCUUUUGAGGAAGGUUUAAGCAGCAGCUGCGAACUGGGCCUAAAACAAGCUUCCUAUGAUCAGAAGGAAGUAAAAGAACAGUUAAAAACAUUUGCAUUAAAAAAUGCAGAUUUCUCUUCCUAUUUACUUUCUGAGCCACAGAAGCCUUUUACCCAAUUAACGACUCAGAAAAUACAAACACAGCACCCGCAGCAGCAGCAGCAGCUCUGUGGCAAUUAUCCAGCUAUACACUUUGGUAGCACAAGCUUCAAAAGGGCAGCAUCUGCGAUUGAAAAAUCUAUUGGAAUUUUGGGAAGCGGCUCAAACGCUGCUACAGGUCUGUCUAAUCAGAACGUUCCGAUUCCGGUUCAGAAAUUUGCUGACAGCAGCAAUGCAGAUGAACUGGAACUGAAAUGCUCUUGCAGGCUGAAAGCCAUGAUAGUGUGCAAAGGCUGUGGAGCCUUCUGCCAUGAUGACUGCAUAGGCCCUUCAAAACUGUGUGUAGCUUGUUUGGUUGUACGGUAGAAACUGAGUCAAAGAUGCAGUAUCCCUUCUCAGCAUGAGAGAGCAGAACAAAGAAGUGGAGAAAUUGAAACAUUUUAGGCCUUUUUUUUUUUUCUGGUGAUGCUUUGUUUCAGAAUUUAGUUAUUUCUGCUUGCAUGACAUUCCCUGGAAAGAAGAAGAAACCAUUAGAAUUUCUUAAAAAACAAACAAACAAAAAAAAAACUUGUUAUUAAGCUUCUAUAAGCUUCCUUGCUGUCUAAAAGAAAAGGUAUUAAAAUGUCAUUCCUAGCUUCUAUUUAUUUGCACAAAGUGCAGCACACUCUUUCCCCACUGAUAUAUUAUGAUAGCAGACCCUCUAGGUUAAGAAUAACAGGUUAGUUGUAUUCUCAUGAUUUCUAAUUGCUGGGGUACUGCAAGUGCAGAGAUAACAAGACGACUAACAAAUUGAGUAAAGACUGCUUUGGGUAAAGUAGCUUGGUGUUCUGUUGCAAAUCACCAUCACAGCUACUAAAUUGACUUACAGUUUUUCUAACGAUGAUUGCUUUCUUGAACCCACCUUUACCAUCCAUGACUAACUUAUAGGCGGCCAACCUAGCAAAAGAAAGAGAGACUUUAGACAGAUUUGAUUACAGGAGUUUGCUCACUCCUACACAAAGCAUUAUGGAGGUAAGGUUUUAAUUAUCAGCUGUUUUUGUUGAUUCCCUGAGAAUUAGAUUUGUAAAUGUGGUUUGAUUAGCUGGACCAUGUCUAGAACCUUCUUGGCUUUAAUGGAGUGUAGAGGAAGUAACGACUUCUCUUAGAGAGCUCUCUUUUUCCCUCUCUCCCCAAACCUCCCCUGUAUACCUAUUGAGCUAUCAAUCCCAAACACAUAUAUGGGUCAGGUCUAGGUAACAAACAGGUUUUGGAUUUCAAUAGCAUUUCCAUGGCCUAAGGUUGAUCCUAAGGUAUAAUUAAUGAUUUGAGGACAGAUUAUAAUUGUGUGUUGAGCUGAAUAGUAGAAAAUCAGUUAUUUUCCCUCCUAUAUGAUUUACUAUCUAUUUAAAUAUGUUUGAGUUUUGACUUUUCAAAAAUGACUUAACACUACCUUUUUUUAUUAAAGAUUUCAGACCACUUACAGUAUAAUUUGGAGAGUUGGGAGUAAAGAGGUGGGUUUUUUUUUAAAGGGAUACUGCAUCUUUUAAAUAAUCUUCAGUAUUUAUCCAGUACUGUAUUUAUGUUGAGGACUACAGCUGCAUUCCAGAUGCAUUAGCCACCAUAACAUUAGAGGACAACAGCAGUAAUUUUGGGGCCCUGUCCACCUAAAAGGAAAAUAUUAUAAAGGGAUAAAGCACAUGCAGCUGUUGGAGACAGGAAAAAAUUCUGCUAUUUUUUUUUUUUUUACUCCAGAUUCAAGAACACAAAAUGUGCAGUACGAGUACCCCAUAUGCUGACAUACGACUGUGACAACCCAAACAAAUAUGAGCAUAGAGAACACCGUAAUUUUUACCAUUGCAGUAGAACCUCACUAAUAGAUACACCUUACCAUCUGCACAAAAAACAGACAUUCUAUCCCUAGUUCUCAGUGAAACAUGUAAUAGCAGUGAGUUGAGGUCUCGUAUUACUCAGAUUUUAGUAUUUAUACAAAACAUAUAACACUACACAUUUACUGGUAUAUCCUGAAGUAUUAACACAAACGAUAAAACUGUCAAAUGAAAAAUACACUAUAUGAUCCAUUAUACUUGUUUAUUUAUGAUAUUUUCUUGCUUACUAAUUUAUAAUUAUUUAAUUUGUAAUCGAUCUCCCUGGCAUCAGUGCAUAUUAGUGAGGUUCUGCCAUAUAUGCAAAUCACAUUUAUUUUCUUUUGGGACCAUUUUUACAAACAUAAAAUAUACUAUUUCUUUUGAUUGUCUUUAAAAAUUCAUUGGAACAUUGUAGGAAGUACAUUCCUGCCAUAAGAAGUUCUGUGGUGCAACUAGAGUUCUGUUUACUGUAGUAGUGACAUCUAAGUAUUAAUUUUUGACACCAUGUGAUCCAAAGCUAUUGAUGAUUCCAUUAACAAUAUUGUUGCUGAUACAGUAAUAUAUUUUCUGUAUACAAAAGCACUCCUUUAUGAAAGGUGAAAAUCACACAGAUUUUCCAAUUUUUCAAACCUUUCUGUGGAAUGAAAAACAAACCAAAAAUAAACAGUUGAAAAGUAAUUUCCAGUGGUGUGCUGAUAGCUACCCAAAUGGGAGCUAUGAUGGUCACAUGGGUAAACAUGAGUAUAUUGUAGUCAUGCAUACCAAACCAUAUUUAAGGAGCCUUCUGUAUUGGACUUAUAUCCUAUUGUAUUUACAUAUGGUAGAGGUAGAAUUUAUUCCCUUAAAUAAACAGAUUGGCCAGUUCUUAAAAUCAUGAUAACCUGUGUUUAUAUGAACCCUCUGAGAACUGGGAAUCUUUUUACAUCUGGCUCAGAAUCCGUUGUCCACAGCACGUAUCAUUAUCUGUUUUUACUUGCAACUGGAAAUGUAUUCUACCCAUGACUGACAUGGUAUUGAAAGAAAAUGCAGCAUCCAGAAAUGUUUUGUUUUGAAUGACUGGUAAGGGAGUGAAUAAUAUGGUAUUUUAUUAAUUCAUGUCAAUGGCAUCUUUGUACUGUGGUUGUAGUUUGCAUAUUUGACAUACGAUAAAAUGUUAUAUAAAACUGGUUUGGGCAAAAUGAUGCUAAAUAAUAUAACACAGUUGGCCAAACCCCUUCAUGGUGCCAUUGCAUUGACUUCUAUUGGACAUCAAUGGAGUGGCUUUAGGAAUGAAUUUGACCCACUAUUUAGAAACAUCUUGUGAGUGGUGUCAGUGAUUUAUAGCCAUGGUGUAAAAUUCCAAAUGCAGCUAAAUGAUUUAGGAGCCUGAGUCUCAUUGACUUUUAAUUUGAAAAUGGGACUUAUGUUCCUAAAUCAUGCAGAUGCUCUUGAAAAUUUUACCCACCUAAGAUUAGAACUGAAUUUUGGAUUGCUCCUGUUUUUGUCUAAUUUUGUCCAGAUUUCAAUCCCCAUGUCACUCUGGUUUGUUAGUGAUCGUGCAGUUUGCACUGUUGAACACUUAAGAUUUAUGCACUGAAAAGUGGUGAGAGGAAGCAUUACUUAAGAAGACACCUCUAUGUGUUUGCGUGUGUCAGUCCAUCCAUCCUUCCCGCAGGAAUAAUUUACACACAUGCAUUUUUGGAAAAUAUCCAAAGUUUUUUCCCUAGUUGCAGCACUUUUGGGAGAGAGGAAGAAAGACUCUUGUGCUCCUUCCUUCCUUUUUUUUUAAUCUGCGUAUUUUUGAGGUGUGUAAUUAACAUUAGGGCAUUUGUAGUGUGUAUGUUUCUGUUCCUGUGCAGAACUAAUUUUCCGGUCAGAAAUUCCGUUAGUUGAAAUAAUGUAAAAAAAUUGGUGAACUGGGCACUUCAUUUCAGCAUUCUGUUUACCUGCUGAGAUUUAGCACGUGAAAUGAAUUAACUUAAAAAUAAGGUAGAGCCAUAAAGCAGAAUUACGUCCCUUUUCUUGAUGAGGGUUCUGUGUUGUUAGGGUAAGCUACAGAAUGUUCAGAUUUUUUCAGGGUCCUGGAAUUCCUUGCACAGUUUAUAAACUGGUGCAUAUGGUGCUUUGUAAUGCAGUUUCUGAAGUAAAAUUAUCUUAUGCUGCACCUCCCUUCCCCUUACAAACACACGCACAAUUUCAGAAUAGUUAUUGUAGCCUCUGGUUUAGCAGUUUUACCAAGGUGUGGUGAAGUACCAGGAUGAACACUCAAAAGCUCAAAAAUGUCAUCUAAAGGGAUCAUCUUAGCUGACACAUGUGAACGGCCCUGCUUUAAACACUGAAUGACUUUCUACAGUUUUGUGACAGCAGCACAGCGGUUUUUUAUCUGUGUUUCUGUAGAACUUUGGGGGGAAGUAAAUAAUAUUCAGUGUGGAUAAUCAUGGACCUGUGUAGCUAAAUGUUUCUGAAUCUAAAAAUCCUGUUGUCUUCAGUAAUCAUGCUUUUGUCACUGUAAAACCAACAUUUUUAGUCUAAUUUAAAGGAGCUGCUUCUUUUAUAGCACAUAAUAUUUCGCUUUGUACUAUAUUUGAUAGUUACAGAAUAAUUUAGUCUGUAGAAUAACUUUGUCGUAUUUGUAAUGUUCAUGAAUGUUACAAGAAAAGUGCUUUACUUUGUUGCCAUAAUUCUCUUGUACUGCUGUAAAAUAUUUCUUCUGCUUUACAGAAACCUAACUCAAUUCACAAUUUCAGUACAGGGUUUUUUGUGUUUUUUAUUUUAUUUGUCAGUAUUUUUAAUGUUUACAUCUGUUUGACAUUAGCCAUUCAAUGCCUUUUUAGGGCAGUAUUACUCCUGGAGUGUAACAACAAUGUGAAAUCAACCCAUACUUAACAGGCAUGAGAAAUACAGAUUUAAGGGGGAAAUCCCUAACAUGCAUAGAUUUUUUUUUUUUUCAUUAACAUAUGGAGAAGUAAAAACCCUCCUUCAAUCCUCUACCAAAGAAAACAUUAUUCCCACAGGAAAAGCUCAGAAAUGGUUCUCUGAAUCCUCGGAAGGGGGAGUAGUUGAUUUCAGUGGGGUUGCUACAAUUUAAUACUGUUAUGCUUGCUUUGUUACCUGACUAAAUGUGACUGAGAGCAAGAAGCAUUUUAACAAUUUUUUUUUAAAGACAGUGUUUUCUUUAGAAAUCAGGGAUCAUGCUUUCUUUAAUGGUGCUCUUCAUUUUUUAUUUAAAAAAAAAAAACAAAAACAAAAAACAUUUGUUGCCUACAAAAAUGACCACUCACAAAACCAUACAUUAAAUAAAUUGAGUUAUCUCCAUAUUUUCUCUCUUCUCCCUCCCCUUUUCCUCUUCCUGGUCCCCUGAAAAUAACAACAUGGGCUUCAAUAUUAAAAUAUUCUGGAAAAAAAUAAAGAGAUAAAAUAUA